AGUCGAUGUGUGCCAGUUUCGAAAUAUGAAAUGUAUGCCUACCGAACAAUAUGUAUCUGAACCUUUCAUCACAUGUUAAGUGAUAUGGCUGUCAACUGUUUGAAAAGCUAAUUACAAUGAGGCUAAGUUUCUAAGAAGGCGCAUUUAUUAAACUGGACUCGGAAAAGUUCAAUAUAGAACUUAUUUUCAUCCACGCGGGACCACAACUUCAACAACAACGUCAACAACAUCGCCAUAUCAGGUGUACUGCCUUUGAUUUGAAUAAUGCCGACCUGCUUGCAGUGUGGAGAGAAUGAGUUUGACUGUAUCGAUGGAUUGUUCUACUGUUCUCUGUGUCAAACACAGUCACAAGACAUUCGUGUGGAGGAAACUGAGUAUGUUGUGAGCACCGGAAGUCAUGCUGUAGUUCAUAAAGCAAAGUCUGCAGCUGCAAAAAAAGUGGAGGAACCCGGUCGCCUGUGGAUGAUCCAUGAAGGGUUUCAAUACAUCUUACUGGAGCAGGUGAAUGCCCUCAUCAAACUGGGAGCCAGAGAAAACAUAAAGGAGGUGGUAUGGAGGUUAUGGAUGCUGUACCUGUCAAAAGUAGAUGUGGCCUUUACUAAGACAGAUAAGGCAGUGGAGAAUCCCAGAGCGUUCAGAUGUUACCCCAGACAUCGAGAUUUGAAUCCAGGCAGCAUAGAAAAUCCGAAGGUGAGACCCUUCCGUUACAGGACUAGUAUGCAACUGAAGUUUGGUGGCCAAUUUAUGUCCAGUAAGAAGUCUCAAAAACAGUUGGAAAAAUCACAGUUGUCAAGUUCCUUGGGAACAGAAGAGUUCUACGAGGGCGAUAACCCUGCUGAGGAGUCUGAGGGUUCUGGUGAUGAGGAUGAGUUGCUGUGGAAUGCCCAUGACAUACCUGGAUGGAAAGAGGGAUGUCAGCCUGCUCCGGGACAGAAAAAUGCGAGACUUGUUGUAUGCUCUGUGCGGAAUUACUAUAAAGAUGUGGCUCGUAUCAAGCUAAUGACUAUGCUAGGUCUGUGUUACCUGGGUCUCCUGUACACAGGCUCGUUAAGUGGACCUGGCGAUUUAAUCAGAUGGGUGAAACAAGGCAAACUACCAUUUUACUCUGCCUCAUCCGUCUUGCCGAAAAGCAUGAAGUUUUACAAUUAUGAUACUAGCACAUUCGCAACACAGGUAGUUCCAUCAACAGGCAAACUCCGUCAAAUGGCAGGCAACUUGGCCGCGUUGCUGAAAAUAAAGGAUAGCCUGCCAGUGCCAAACAUGAGGACUCUGAUUCAUAAACACUUGCUAACUCUACAGCUGCCAGCUGACAUGCAUGGCAUCACAGCUAAACUAUUCAAACACAAACCACUAACCCUGGAAAACAGUUCAGCUGAAGAGAAAGCUGAGCCAAUCACAAGCUACGACACUGUUGCCAUGGGUUACAUCAUAGUAACCCUAAAACUGCUGCUGGGAUUGGAUGAUAGCACAGAAAGGAAGCUUUCAACCUAUGCAAGAAAAAUGAUGAAGGUCGUUUCUUUGAAGCAGCCCCUAUUUGUCUGGGAAGACUGGUUUCAGCAUAUGGAGAAGACAAGAACUGAAAGUUGGGACUCUUUUGUCCUGGAUGAUCGACACAGUGUUCGACAAGUACGAGAUGUGAGAACAUUAACAAAUCAGCUGAAAGAGUUCAGCUGGACAAGAAGUCGCCAUGAUGAAAAGUAUCUUGGAACAAGAGGCCCUAUGUAUUCUAAGAAUGUUCGGGAGUCCAUUGAAAAGUGCUUCAGUCAGCUUCAAGAGAAGUGGAAGGAAAGGAACCCUCACAAGACGGUUAUAGCUGAAGCACCCCAGGUUUAUGACCCAUCCUCUGCAGCUACGCUGAUGGAAGAAGACCCCAUCAAGUUCCUGGUAGACUCCCCAAAGAGAUCCUCGCCGGCAUGUGCAUCAUCUGAAAUGAUGCCCACGGUCGAUUUCAAGAAAACGUCACUUAAGUACAUAACCCAUCAACAGAACUUUUUGGAAGAACUGGACAAACAAGGGCUUACAGACUUUACUAUUCACACCUCUUGUAAGAGUUCUUCGGAUGAGGAUGAGAACGAUGAUGAGGAAGGCAAUCUCUCGCAGGACCUUUUUGCUAGCCCAUUCUCUCCUCCAGCUCCUCGCGCCUCUGAUACUGAGUAUGCAAUCUUGUUUUCCUCAUCGGGACGCCGACGCAAGAAGCGUAAGCGUCAUCGUGCUAAAGAGGCAGUUCUUCAAGUCGUCUCCAAAACUAAGAUGUCCAAAUCCUCAGCAUCGUUCAAUAAACAGGAACUGAUGGCAAACUUUGAGAAGGCCUAUGAACAGUAUAUGUUGUACUCUCCCAUAUUGUCUGUACGUCACCAUCGGUCUUAUGACUGGUUGUUAACUCUGUGCGCCAGUGCUAUUGACUGUGACCGCAAUGACCUGCAGGUGUUUGUGGAAAGGCUGCAGGUUGUGAUAGUGGACCAUUUGUCCAAGAAGAGUGAAGAGAAGAGUGAAUAUGAGAUCUUUAAGUUCCUAAAAAGAAAGUGUAAAGUAUAAUUUUAUAUUUUAUUUAGGAGACAUGUUUUUCUUUUUUAUCAUUUGUGCUGUACAGAAACAGAUCAACUUCAUGCUCUGUGGGUUGUAGCAAUUUCUGUAUUUGUGUGGGCAUAGGAAUGUGUUUCGAGUAUCAGGCAAAGUAUAAAGUAUGUUAGUACUAUUCCUUUAUUUUUUUUUAUUUGAUUGGUGUAUGACGCAGUACUGAAGAAUAUUUUGUAUACUGUAAUUCUUAAUGAACUUCUAAUUUUUGGGACAUCUGGAGUGGCUUGCAUUUUUAUCCAAUAUUCAUGUGAUACUUCGCAGGUUGUCUUUU